AUUAAUAUUUUUUUAACAUGAGAGCUGUGGUGAGAGAGAAAGUCUAAAGCAUAGGCAAAAUACUUUUUAACAGUGUCGUUCCAUGCAUUUUCUGCAUUUGGGUUUUGAGUUAGCCAACAUCAGCACUGCAAUUGGGCAAAGGAUUUCAUUAGACGAUCAAGAUCGACUUGUUGGCGUGGAACUCAGAAUUUGGACAUGGACCUUUGGGAAGUCUAGAUCGACUUGUAGAAUUUGGAGGUUUAGAAAUCGGGGGAUCUAAAAGAGUGCAGGCAUGGAUAUGUUCGAUGCGUAUUUUCGGAGGGCAGAUUUGGACCACGAUGGCAGGAUCAGCGGAGCCGAAGCGGUGGCCUUCUUCCAAGGGGCCAAAUUACCCAAGCAAGUGCUUGCACAGAUUUGGAUGCAUGCUGAUCAUAAUCACACAGGCUUUCUGGGAAGAGCAGAAUUUUAUAAUGCUUUAAAGCUAGUUACUGUGGCACAAAGUGGUCGUGAUUUAACACCAGAUAUGGUGAGGGCAGCUUUGUUUGGUCCUGCAGCAUCGAAAAUUCCUGCACCUCAAAUUGCAGCCGUGCCAACUGCACAAGCUGCACCUCCUCCAGUGGUUCCGUCAGCAAGUAUUAGAGGGCCACAGAUACAAUCAAGCCUUGGACCUACACAACAGUAUGCCCCUCGAGCGAAUAAUCAGUUUGUACGACCUGUGUCCACACAAACUGUUCCAACACCAACUCCUAUGACAACAACUUCUGGGGGUCUUCCUGGAGCUGGUGUAACUGGUCAGCGGCCACAAAUUUCUGGUAGUUCAACUGAGUGGCCUGGUUCAAGGAUUACUGGAUCGACUUCUGUUGGAUCUAUCAGCAAUGCUGCUCCAACACAAAGUGUUCAGAUCAGAGGCAGUGCACCCACCACAUUUAAACAAGACAAUUUUGGACAAGUUGCUUCAACUCUUCAAGGAGGGUCAACUUUGUUGGUACCAACUCGACCUACACAAGAAAAUGUGAGGCCUGGCUUCCCAUCAGGGCUAAGUGAUAGCAAAGCCACAUCAAUUGGUGGAAAUGGCUUUUCAACAGAUAUGAUGUUUGGUGGUGAUGUUUUUUCUGCUGCCCCAUCUCAGCAUAAGCAAAAUGUAGUUUCCCAGCCUUCAUAUUCUUUCAACAAUUUUUCGUCUUCAAUGGCUCUUGUCUCAACAUCUAGUGCACCUUCUCAGGCUUUGUUUUCAGCCAACAAUUUUUCAUCCUCCAUGGCCCUUGUCUCAACCUCCACUGCACCCAGUCCAGCUCCUGCUAAGCAGAGCCAGCCAGGAAAACUGCAGAGCACAUCCAUCGUUCCUUUAUCUACAGCAGUUGGUACAUUAUCUUCAGGUUUGGGAGGAAACAAUCAGUUGCAGUGGCCAAGAAUGACAGAAUCUGAUGUCAAAAAGUAUACAAAGGUUUUUAAUGAGGUGGACACUGAUAGGGAUGGAAAAAUAACUGGAGAACAAGCUCGUGAUCUUUUCCUGAGCUGGCGACUUCCAAGAGAGGUUUUGAAACAAGUUUGGGACUUGUCCGACCAGGAUGGGGAUAGUAUGCUCUCUUUAAGGGAGUUUUGUAUUGCACUCUAUCUGAUGGAACGAUAUAGAGAAGGACGCCCUCUUCCUCCAGUGCUCCCUAGUGGUAUUCAGGUUGAUGAUGCAAUGAAGUCUGUACCUGAAAUGCAAACUUCUGCACAACGAUCUCUUGGAUUCAAUGGGAUGCCUUGGCAACAAAAUACUGGCUUGCAACAGCAUGCAGUUGUGGCAUCUUUGCCGGCUCUCCAUGGUACAGGUCCUGUCAACAUGCCAGAGCAGGCGCCUGUUUCACAAGGUGAUGGUGUUGGUACAGGGCAAUUGCUUCAGCAGAGAUUCAGAGUGCCAGUUUUGGAAAUGCAUAGGGUGAAUCAGUUAAGUAGGGAAGAACAAAACACUCUGAAGUCCAAGCAGAAGGAUGCAGAAGAAGCAGAGAAAAAGGUAGAGGAGUUGGAAAAGGAUAUUAUGGACUCAAAAGAAAAGAUUGACUAUUAUCGAUCCAAGCUGCAGGAACUUGUUUUGUACAAGAGUAGGUGCGACAAUCGGCUUAAUGAAAUCACAGAGAGAGCAGCUGCAGAUAAACGAGAAGUGGAAUCUAUGUCAAAGAAGUAUGAAGAAAAGUAUAAACAAGCAGGGGAAUCAAGCUCUCGAUUGGCAUCAGAGGAAGCUGCUUUCAGAGAUCUCCAGCAACGGAAAAUGGAGUUGUAUAAUGCAAUUGUUAGAAUGGAACAAGGAGGCAAUGCAGAUAGCCUUCUUCAGGUUCGAGCAGAUCGAAUACAAGCAGAUCUAGAAGAUCUACGAAAGGCACUGAAUGAGCGUUCGAAGCAGUUUGGCCUGCGUACAAAGCCCACUUCAUUGAUUGAGCUACCAUAUGGCUGGCAACCUGGUAUUCAGGAGACUGCAGCUCAGUGGGACGAUGACUGGGAUAAGUUUGAAGAUGAAGGUUUCACUGCAGUUCAGGAUCUAAUACAUGAAGGAGCUGCACCCAAUUUCUCUGCAAAUACUAGCUCAGCUUUGGCAUGGGAUGAUAGCAGGCCUUUUGAUAAUGGAUUUGAUUACUCGUCCUCUGCAAACUUAGAUGUGAAAGCAGAGAAUCUCUCUUCUGCUGGGCAUCGAGUUACUAGAAGUGGAUCUUCUUAUGCACAUAGUGAGGAUGGCUCUGUCAAAAGUGGGAAUGGAAGUCCACGAAGCAGAAGUGGGGCUGAAAGUCCACCCCGGGAAUUUUUAGCUGUUGGCAAGAAUAGUCUUGGAGAUGGUUCCGCUGGUGCAAAAGAUAGUCAAAGUGAGGAUCAUCGUGCAACAUCCUCCAACUCUGGUGAUGCAUUUGGAGAUGGAGGUGAAUGGCCGUCCGCAUUUACAGCAGGGAAUGAUGAAAAUGACUCGUUUUGGGGAUAUGACAAAAGACUCUCUGAUAUUAAGACAUCUGGUGUUAGUAGCCCUGCUGUUACUUUUGAUGGUGGCAAUGAAAAGCUCUCGGGAGAUACUUUCUUGCAUGAAGAAGGUGGCAAUGAGAAUUAUGACACAUUUGGCCCUCUGCACACAAAGGAGAAACCUAUGUUUUCAUUUGAUUCUGUUCCAAGCACUCCUUUGUUCAAUACUGGUUCACCUGGAAGGCUUUCUAAUGCGGGAUCUGUGGAUGAUCAUAGUUUACACUUUGAUAGUUUUUCAAAAUUUGAUUCUUUCAGUGCACGUGACAGUGGCCUCUUUGGUUCUCGUGAUAGUUUUGCCAGAUUUGAUUCUAUGAGUGCUACCAGUGAUGCAGGUCACAAUAGAGGCUUUACUUUUGAUGAUAAUGAUCCAUUUGCCAGUGCUGGGCCUUUCAGUUUGGGAGGACAAACACCCAGACACACAUCUGAUAGUUGGAGUGCAUUCUAAUGCUGUUAUGGGGAUUCAUUCAUUGAGUAUUGUGUGUUAUUAUUUUUGCAGGUAGAGUUAUGUUCCCACCUUAGGCCGUUCUCAUUCCAUUAGAUUCAUCUAGAUCAUAGAUGGUGUUUGAAAGAACUUAAUCUUGUGUAAGUUAUUCUGGAUAUUGUUUUUGUUUGUACAAGGGACUCUUAACACCAUUUGGGAGAUUAUAUAUGGUGUACAUUGCAGGUGAUUUAUUGUAAGAUUAUUUGAUUGCUACAGUCAUUGGAUAUUCAUUGGAGGAGUAUUUUUGGUUUGAAGAAUUUUAA